AUGGCUGCUAGCCUGGAGGUUGAUACCAUGAGCAGGAAGCUCAUAAAACCAUCGAUUCCAACUCCUGAACAUCUUCGAAAACUCAGGCUCUCCUUGUUCGAUCAGCUCGCGGUUCCCUGGUACUUCAAUGUCAUUUUAUAUUAUUCAGGGCCUGAUGAUGAUGAGAAAAAGAUGAACGUUGCAGAAAGACGUGCCGAAUUAGAGAAAUCUCUGUCUGAGGCAUUGCCUUCGCUUUACCUAAUCGCCGGAAGAUUCAUCCAGGAUGAUUUCUCCAUCGAUUGCGGCGAUCAAGGGGUGGAGUACGUGGAAGCUCAGGUGAAAGGCAAACUUUCGGAGUUUCUCCAAUUAGGCCCUCCAAUUGAGCUGCUCGAUAAAUUCCUGCCGUGGGAUAACCCGCCUCCGCCGAAAUCAGCCACAAGUCCACUCUUAGCUAUCCAGGUAAAUACAUUUGAUUGUGGAGGAUUGGUUUUGGGCAUAAAAAUUUCCCACAUUAUUGCAGAUGGUGGAUCUUUGGGACAAUUUUUGAAUACAUGGGCUACAACUUGCCGUGGAAUACGUACUAAUGGAGUUACUUUCAGCUCCAAUUAUGAACACUGCGUCGCUAAGCUUUUUCCUGCAAGAAAUCCAGAAGAAGCCAAAUCCCUUCCCCUGCUAAGAGUGCCAAAACAGACAGAAAAUGCUGAUACAAUUAAGAUCCAAACAGCCAGGUUCUUCUUUGAUCAGGCAAUCAUGGCGAAGAUCAUAGAAAGCGCGGCCAGCGUGAAAGGCGCGUCGCCUGAUGACCUCAAAUCGACCAAAGUUGUCGUGGCGUUGGCGCUGAUAUGGAAAGGUUUCAUGGCUCUGUCAGCCUCAAAACACGGACACACGAGGGAUUCCGCGCUGUCCAUCGCGAUGAGCUUGCGCGGGAGAGUUAGUACUCUCAAAAUCCCCGAAAACAUCUUCGGGAACUUCUGCAUUUCCGUCAUAGUUUCUUUUGACGCGGAGAAGGAUACAACUGAACUGUACGAUUUGAUCGUUCUAGUGAGGGACGCAAUCAGAAGCACAAUCGGCAGAGUCUCGCAGGCGAGCGACAGCGAAGAAGCCUCGUCGGUUUUGAUCGAAUGCAGGAGAUCAUUGUAUGAGAAGUGGGAUAAGGAAAGAGAAGGAUUGAUGGAUGUUUACCUCUGUUCAAGCUGGAGGGGAUUCCCAUACCCAAUGUAUGGAGCUGAUUUUGGUUGGGGAAAGCCAGAUUGGGUAAGUGUUGGAUCUCAGCAUAGUCAAGGAGUUUGGAUUAUGGAUGGAAGUAAUGGAGAUGCCAUUGAAGUGUGGGUGAGCUUGGAGGAGAAAGACAUGGAAAAGUUCAAACAAGAUCCAGAUAUUUCAGCCUUCCUGUCUACCCAGCUCUAG